AUGAAGUUUGGUGUGAGAGACCGGCGGGAUGCAGACGACGACGACGACGAGGUGAUUGCCACGUACAACGUCUACGCAUCGCCGCUGCAGCAGCAAUUGCACAUCUUCCAGUUUCCACUGAGGCGCAAGACGCAGCCCUAUGAAACCGACGAAGUGCGACUCUUUGUGACGGAAGGGGUGACCCAUGUGGGCAAGGAGGCAACACCGCCAUCCGCGUCAUCGGCGUCCAUUUUGUCUCCAUCGUCCAGGCUGACGAUGCACUGCCGCCUUGACACGUUUGGCUCCAGUUCCUUCGUGGAGCCAUCACACCAGCAGCAACGGCAGUUGCCGAUGCAGCAGACAGAGGAUAGGUUCUGUAGGGGUGAGCAGCAGCGGAGAAACUCGUAUCACUACGCGCUGCAGUCUCACCCCUUUCAGCCCCGAUGUGAUUAUGCUGUCGGGUUUAUUGUCGAUGGGGCAAUUCAUCUGACUCCAGUCAGUACCAUUCAACAGUUCACACCUAUUGUCAAGCCAACGACGCUUAUUGCCGCUCAUCGUGUGGGCGAUGAAUUUACAAGCGUGCAAUCCACUCCAAUUGUUCCCGGACUUGCCAUUUCUGACCGCAUCAAUCGAGAAAUGUUGCGUCAGCGCAGCGUCAUGUUGAACACGGACGCAGCGACAGCAAAGGAGUUGCAGUACUUUCCCAUUGGUUCAGUGGAAAGUAUGGCCAUGCGUCGUCGGCUGUGUUCAACAACCUAUGACGUCUCCUCUCUCGCCCAAACUGUAGGGAACCAGCGGUCAAACACGCAAACGGAAGAUAGCCUGUUUCCACCGGAACUUCUCAUUUCAGGUGGAAUCUCCGGUGGGGAAGAUGCGGCGGUUGCUAGAAGUUUGCUCCGGCGCUAUGCACAUCGCUACAGCGUCUUGGAUCAGGUGCUGGUCCUCCUACAGCGUUGUCAAGUGAUGAAGCUUACGGAACUGCGUGAGCUGGUGGUUUCUCCGGAUCAGACGCUCGUUCCGCCACCACCAUCACCAUCCACUGCACCUCAACAGCCGCAAGGCGGUGUGACCGAUAAACAGCUGCUGGAGGCACUGAGAGAGGUUGCUGUGUGGAUGCACGGGGUGUGGGUAUCGAAGACGGCGUCCCGAUUUAAGGGCACAGUCGCCGCCCUGCGUGAGGUCAUUCUUUUGCAGUUCUUUGAAAGUGAAGAUGCCUCGUUGACUCGGUCUGAGGUGAACAAACUUGUGAAUGGCACCGCAUUGAGACGGACGGUUAAAGAGAUAUUGGAAAGCGUCGCAACGCUAAAUAGCAACGAGCCUGACCCCACAAAACGUGUAUGGCGUUUAAGGCACGUUCCCGCUGACGCGGCUCUACGGAGGGCGAUGCUGCAGGACGCAGAAAACGUGCACAGACAGGAGGUGACGUUUCAACGCAUGCAGUGGGAACAUUUUAGACCGCAUAUUAAAGCCCAUAUAAAUGCGAUUAACGCCGGCAUGCCAGUAUCACGGCUUCUCUUGGCUACGCGGCGACAUGGGAUGGGCACGGAUGCAACGAAAUUAACCGGUGCAGCGGUGGUAGCGGCAGGUGCGUCUCCUGCCUCCUUCAAGGAAGAUGAUCUGGCACCCAUUGUGGCGCACAUUCGACGACUUUUUUUGGAGUAUGGUGUGUUAAACAAGCAGCGGACGAAGGAGUUAGUCAUGAAGGGGAAGCAACAGCAUUACCCAGACGCGACAAACCCAAUGCUGAGUGCGGCUCUGCAGCGAUGUGUACAGACAUUUACAAAUGCCACGUGGGUGCUGAAACAACUUGGUGAGCCGAAGGUGGAUCGUUACAGACCGUUAAUCCUGGAGACGGCGGUGGAGCUUGUGAAUUUUGAGACACGUGCUUUCCAUGCGUUACUUGAGGAGAAGCGACGGCAACAAUCCGCGGAUGAAGGAGGGGGAAGCGAUGGAGAUGGUGUAAACCAUGAAGAAAUGCAAAAGAUCGUCUCACGUGUGCUGGCAGAGGUGGCAGUCUUCAAACAGCACGAGAGACUGUGGCACAUCAAGAGCGGGAAUGUGAUGAUGGAGUAA